AUGGAGCUGCGUUCGGAGCUGCCCAGCGUCCCCGCCGCGCCCCCCCCGGUGCCCCCCAGUUCAGUGGCGGCCGCGGCGGCCGCGGCGGCGGCGACCCUGCCGGUGAGCGUGGCCGGGAGCCUGCUGCGGGCCCCGCCGCUGCUGCUGCGGGCGGCCGAGAAGUACCCGCGGACACCGAAGUGCGCGCGGUGCCGCAACCACGGAGUGGUGUCGGCGCUGAAGGGCCACAAGCGGUACUGCCGCUGGAAGGACUGCAUGUGCGCCAAGUGCACGCUGAUCGCCGAGCGGCAGCGCGUCAUGGCCGCCCAGGUGGCGCUGCGCCGGCAGCAGGCGCAGGAGGAGAACGAGGCCCGCGAGCUGCAGCUGCUCUACGGCACCGCCGAGGGCUUGGCCCUGGCGGCCGCCAACGGCAUCAUCCCUCCCCGGCCUGCCUACGAGGUCUUCGGCUCCGUCUGCGCCGGGGCCGGCGGCGAGGGAGGCGCCGGCGCCUCAGGUGAGGCCGCGCCGCGGGGGGACGGGGCCGCGGGCCGGGGGGCUGCGGAGCCGAAGGUGCAGAAGUUCGAGCUGUUCCCCAAGACGCUGCUGCCCGGCCGCGCCGCAACCCCGCAGCAGGCGGGCGGGAAGCCGCCGUCCCCCGACGGGGAGUCCGCGCCCGGCACUUCUUCCCCGGACGGCCGCCACGGCUCGGGCUCGGAGAACGGCGACGGAGAGUCCUUCCUCAGCUCGCCCGUCUCCAAAGGGCCGAAGGAGGGCGAGGAGAGCCCGGGCUCCAUCAGCCCGCUGGGCUCGGACUCGGGCUCGGAGGCAGACAAGGACGAGCGGGACCCGUCGCCCUCGGCCGGCGGCCGGCAGCGGACUCCCAUCGACAUCCUGACGCGCGUCUUCCCGGCGCACAGGCGCGGCGUGCUGGAGCUGGUGCUGCAGGGCUGCGGCGGGGACGUGGUGCAGGCCAUCGAGCAGAUCCUCAACAACCGCGGCCCGGAGAAGGGCCCCGAGGAGAGCUGGGCUCGGGACGGCGCUCUGCAGGGUCUCCCGCCCGCUCCCACCGCCCACCACCGCCCGCUGAUCGCCGGCGCCAUGGCCCCCGCCAUCGGCGCGCUGGGCAGCCGCUCCGCCUUCUCCCCGCUGCAGCCCAACGCCACGCACUUCGGGGCCGAAGCCGGUGCCUAUCCGCUGGGCGCGCCGCUGGGACUCAACCCGCUGCGCCUCGCCUACUCGGCGCACGGCCGCGGCCUCGCUUUCAUGGCCCCGUACUCCACCGCCGGCCUCGUGCCCGCGCUCGGCUUCCGCCCGCCCGUGGACUACGCCUUCAGCGACCUCAUGCGGGAGCGCUCCGCCGUGCACAAGGAGCAGGUGUACUCCGGGGGGCUCUACGGGCCCAUGGUCAACAACAACCCCGAGAAGCAAUAGCGAGGCGCGAGGUGUGCGCGGGAGCGUCGGGGCGUGGGUCCCGCUGCGUGCUUAUGGCCAUAGGCACGGAUAUCUGCGGUGUGGGCGCCCGCUCCCCCCGCACGUACGUAUAUAUAUGUAUACUAGCAAGUGUAUAAUGUUAUAAAAUGGAAAUCUAAGUUAUUAAUGUAACUCGUAGGUGAACUCGGUAUUAACGUUAAGCUAAGGGUUAGGCAGCACGUCGUAACGCUUCCCGGCGUAGAGGCGAAAUCUGUCUCCGGACCAAAAUACGCCGCCGCACCACCCUCCAUCCUGCCCCGGAGCCGUGUGCACACGGAGCGGUGGUGGCUGCCCGUAGGGGCCGGUGGGUGAUUGCCUCCUCCAUAUGUGAUCUCAAGGACAUUGCUUUCUUGUUCCGCUGUAGCGAUU